GCAUGCAGAGCGGACAGCGAGCCGUAUAGGCAAGAAAGAACGCACCCGCCUGAUGUCCUGGAUCUGGUCCCGUCCCAACAGUCCUCUGACACCUAUCAUCGUUUUCAGUCCCCGAUAUGGCCAACCCCCGACAAAACCACCCCCACCGCGCACCACAUCCGCGACACACUCGGCGACACUCAUCUCCGGAACGGAUCACCAUAUACUCUCCGUUCCUCAUCCCUGGUAAGAAAAGUCACGACCGCUCAUCACCGCCAUCCCCAACCGCAUCAAACUCAUCCGUCUCCUAUGAUACACAGACACCUGCCCCCCCAUCGGUAUCCAACCCAACAUCCCCCGCAAUCCCACGCAUCACAACUAAACCCCCCGCCCUAUCCACCUACCCACCACCGCCACACUCCUCCUCCUCGCUUCCAACAACACCCCUAUCAUCCCGCUCCGCCCCACAUUCCGCGAACACGUUAUCGCGCAAAUCGAGCAUGUUGAGGAUAGACAGCGAUGCGGAUAAGUAUGGACGACGGACGACGAGUUUGCAUCCGAUGAGUGGCGGUGGGAAUUUAAAUUGGUGCGUAUCUAUCUCAUACCACUGCUUGCGCAAAACAUGAAUGCUAAUCCAUGGUUUUGAUGGCAGUGGGGGGAGGGUAUCGAUGCGCCGACUGGUGAUUUAUCUGUUGGUCGGGAUGGCGGUGGUGUUUUUCAUGUCGACGGUGGGGAU